CCGAGCCUGUCACCGCCUGCCAGCAGCUGUGACGGGGACAGUUAAAAAUAGCACCAUCGGCAGCCAUGGCCGCCCGGUGCCGCCUCGCUGCACGGUUCCACCACGUCCACGGCACCAACGUCCAGCUGGACGCCUCGCGCACGCGGGCCACCCGGGUGCAGAGCUUUGCCAACGGGCUCUGCUUCAGCCAGGAGCCGCUGGCGCCAGGGCAGGUGUUCCUGGUGGAGAUCGAGGAGAAGGGGGGUUGGUGCGGGCACCUGCGUGUGGGGCUGACAGCCAUCGACCCCCAGCACCUGGAAGUGGUGCCUGAGUACUCACUGCCGGACCUGGUCAACAUGGGGGACACCUGGGUGUUUGCCAUCACCCGCAGCCACAAUCGUGUGGUGGUGGAGGGGGAGGCAGCGGCGCCGGUGCGGGCCCCUCCCUGGGACCCCUUUCUGCAGAUCGAGCGGAUGCGGAUCCUCCGUGACACGCUGGUGGGGCGCAGCCGGCCCGGGCGCUACAGCCACAUCCUGGACGACCUCUACAAGACCAACGUGCUGCCCGCCACUGCCCGGCGCAGCCGGAUCGGUGUGCUGUACGCCCCGCAGCCUGACGGCACUGCUGACAUGCACAUCGUCAUCAACGGAGAAGACAUGGGGCCCAGUGCCAGGCACCUGCCCACCGCCCGCCCGCUCUACGCCGUGGUCGACGUCUUUGCCUCCACCAAGAGCGUCCGGGUCAUCCCGGUGGAAUAUGGCUUCCCCUCCCUGCAGACCCUGUGCCGGCUGGUCAUCCAGAAGCACAUCAUCCACCGCUUGGCCAUCGAGGGCCUGGACCUGCCCCCCCUGCUCAAGAGCUUCUGCCAACACGAGUGAGGCCUCAAGGGGCUGCCCUGGGACAAGCAAUAAAACCAAUUCAAGACAGAAAGCG